UAACUUACCACCAAUAUUAGAUCAUGCCAUGGUCGAAAUGUCUCUACAUAAGCCCAUGACAACACGCAAGAUUAUCAUUCUGAAUCUUGGUCAGACUCAUCGAUAGAGGCGUGAUUAGCAUUCUCAGAUUCAUCGACAGAGGCUUGAUUUGCAGUGUGUGUACUGCUGAUCAGAUUCAUCGAUAGCGACGUGAGUUUUAUGGUGAAGAUGGCUUUGGCGAUGGUUGAAUUGGCGCUGUUGCUAAGUCUGAUGCUCGUGAUGCCAAUCGCAAGCGCGGCAGGCAACGGAUUCAAGUGCCCCAAAGCGUUCUGGACGUUCGGCGACUCGCUCUCAGACACUGGGAAUUCUCAGACGACUUUUCCAAGCGCCAGCCGCCUGUACCCGCCCUACAGCACCAGCUUCACCUUCCGUGACAAGCCCGGGUUCAAUCGCUUCUCCGAUGGCCGCCUCAUCGUCGACUUCAUAUCGCUAGCGUUUGGGCAUCCAUAUUAUGGGACGUAUGCGCACGCUCUGAACGGGGCGAAUUACGUGCGCGGCGCCAACUUUGCGUAUGCUGGCGCGACUGCGAACGCCACCACGUUCGUGACGCCGAUCCACCUCAACCUGCAGGUUGAUAAUUUCCUCAAUUUUAAGAGCAAGGCGCUCGACACAGGGUUCUAUUUCCCAGACCCGAAAGGUCCGUAUCAACCAGUGUGGAAUGCGUUCAGCGACGGCGCGUACUACAUUCCUGAAAUCGGAGGCAUCGACCUGAUCGUUGCCACAAGUGUGCUGAACCUGCCGUCGCCGGUCGUCAUCGCCUCGUUCGUUCCAGCCGCUGUUGCUGCAGUCAAGACGGCCAUCACCACGCUUCAUGAUUCCGGUGCGCGGCUCUUCUUCAUCGGCAACACGCCGCCGCAAGGGUGCAACCCGGCGCAGCUGACGCAGUUUUUCAACCGGACCAAGGACGCGCUCCUGUGCGUGGAUGACAUCAACGCCAUCAACCGCGCUUACGGCGCCGCUUUGCAGCAGGCGCUCGAGGACCUGCGGACGAGCCUCGGUGGCGAUGGCACGCAGAUCUUCCUCAUGGAUAACUAUAAUGCCAGCAUUGAGAUCUUCACCAACCCAGCGACUUAUGGUAAGUUUUAUCCAACACUCUCACAAAUCAAAUUAUCCACAGGCAGUUUCAUAAUGAUAUAUUUUUGGCAGGGUUUACCAACACUCAGCAGGCGUGUUGUGGCUCCGGAGGACCCUACAACUACAACUCGGCCUUCACGUGCGGCAACAUCGGGUCAUGCUGCCAGGGGCAGUCGGCGUGCGCGACGCCCGGGAGCUACGUUUCCUGGGAUGGGAUUCAUUACACUGAAGCAUUCUACAGGCAGAUCGCCAAGUUCUUCCUCAAUGGCCAGUUUGUCACUCCGGCUUUGAAUCUUGCCGCGGAGUGUGGCCUAAAAUUUGAUGAUUUUUAUAAAAAAAGCUGAUCGAGUUGGCUAACAUUAUGGUUUUCAGUAAUUGUCAAUAGAGGCAGCCUUCACGGGUUUAUGGAUGACUAGGUAUCAACUGAGUAUUGCGUAGAUAUUAGUCAAGUGGACUUCUACUAAACCACCGCGGCCACCGCUUGUUAUUGCCGCUUCAAAUCUAAAUGCAAAAGGUCACAUUACUUCAUCAGAUAUUUCAACCCUUA